CUUAACUACAGCCAGAUUUGCAUCUGUGGCGGUAUUCUGCAUGCCCUGAGCAUUCUUCAGGAGCUCUACUUCUUCUGUUUUUAGCUCCCCCUCUUUAUCCUCAAUAACUAGGCUAUUCUGACGCACACGACUCCCCGCGGCUCAUCUAUACCUCGUCACUCACGCCAGUUUUCCUGGCCUCGCUGCUCCUCUUCCAACCAUUCUUUUCAUGGAUGAGAUCAUCAAUUGACCAUGUCCACCUCCGGGCUUGAUAUAUCCCAACUCUCCGACAGCGAGAGGUCCGCUCUGGAGACGUAUACUGCGGUCACCGGUCAGGAACAUUCGGAAGCCAUUCCUUUGUUGCGCCGCUCACAAUGGAACGUGCAGAUUGCCAUCUCCAAGUUCUUUGACGGCGAGGGGCCGGAUCCCGUCGAAGAAGCCCGUGCUGCUCUCAACUCCCCUCCGCGACCCGCCCGACAGACCCAAAACCUCAUGAGUGAUGACAUUGCUGCGCAAUUUACUCCGACUCUCCGUGCUGCUGAGCCAGCACCCCGGAUAAAUACACAGCCUGAAGACCAGUCGGUCUAUCGCCCGCCCUUCAUACUAGCUCUGCUGUUUACUCCGCUCAACCUCCUCUAUCGACUACUCUACAGCUCCUUCCGCCUAUUCGGUGCCUUGUUUCCCUUUCUUCCGCGCUUCUUCAACACAACAGCGAAUCCCGCUCUUCAAGGCUCCCGGAGAAAUACUAACGGUCGCCGGCCCUUGGGUCCCAAAGACACGGCCGCCCGGUUCAUCCGGGAAUUCGAGGAAGAAUAUGGCACCAAUUCGAUCAGUUUCCUCGAGAACGGAUAUAACAUGGCAUUGGAGAAAGCCCACCGGGACCUCAAGUUCCUCCUAGUUGUACUUCUUGCCCCUGAGCAUGAUGAUACGAAUGGCUGGGUCCGAGACACACUUCUGUCUCGCGAAGUGACCGACUUUGUGAAUGACCCACAAAACAACCUACUUGUCUGGGGAGGGAAUGUUCAAGACUCUGAGGCUUAUCAAGUUGCCAACUCCCUCCGCUGCACCAAGUUUCCCUUCGCAGCCGCUUUAGUCCAUACUCCGAACGUUUCCUCGAAUGCGAUGUCGGUUGUGUCGAGGAUAUCGGGAACAACGUCCCCUGCUGAAUUUGUGGAGAAACUUCGAUCGGCCAUCUCGCAGCACAAGGAGCCUCUCGAGCGCAUACGGUCAACCCGGGCAGAACAGCAAGCCUCACGCAGCCUCCGUGAACAGCAGGACUCCGCCUACGAGCGUUCCCUGGCCAUCGACCGCGAGCGGGCAAGACAGAGGCGGGAAGCCGAGGCCGCCCGACAGAGGGAAGAACAAGAGGCGGCCGAACGUCAAGCGGCCGAGGAGAAGCGCAUACAGGAUCUUCAGCAAUGGAAGCAAUGGCGGGCACAGACCAUUCCGGAGGAGCCUGGACCGGACGUCAAGGACGCUGUACGCAUCAGUAUCCGACUGCCUUCUGGUGAGCGUGUCAUCCGCAAGUUUGCGCCUGACGCGUCGCUUGACGAGCUCUACGCUUUUGUUGAAUGUUACGAUAUCCUGAAGGAGCCAACAGAAAAGGCUGCAGAAGCAGUGAAGCCGGAGGGCUUCGAUCACCAGUAUGGGUUCCGGCUGGUUUCACCCAUGCCGCGGGUGGUCUACGAAGUGGAAGCUGGGGGAUCAGUGCGGGACAAGAUCGGCCGAGGAGGAAACCUUCUAGUCGAACCGAUCGAUGACGGCAGCGACGAGGAGUCAGAAGAGGAGGCAUAAGCUCUUGGACUCACGGUUGUAACUGUAUUGUUAUCGCAUCCUGGCUGCAUGGCGCAAGAAUGGGGCUGUCCGGGUGAUUUGCAGAUACUUUCCAGCACUUUGACUAUUUUAGUAUGUAAUAACAAAGAUCACGAUAAU